AUGGCUUCUCCCAAUGACCUCUUCCAACGCCUCAAACUCGUAUGCGUGCCUCUCAUGGGCGCGUCACAUCUCACCCCAGCGUCGGUGCCAAACACACUACAGCUGUUAACCAAUCUACUUGACCUUUUGCGUGACAUAAAGGCGUCGGGAAACGCUCUGGACGAAAAGCUGUUGGGUUACACUAUUUAUCCGAUCCGAGUUUUGCUUUCACGCAACGAGUCUCCUGAAAUUCCCAACCAACUUCUGGAACGGAUAUUCUCCAUUUUGGCUUACCUUUGCGACGAUCUUUGGUGGACAUGCGAUCUAGAGCUGUGGGAGCAGAUUUUCAUUCUUUGUGGCUCAGUCAUUGGGGGUAUAGAAGGAAAGGGGAAAGGGAAAGUUCGCGAAGAUGAAACGAAAGAAGCGGCGGCGCAAUGCCUCUACUCAUUGCUUUGUUUGCGGGACAAUGCCACUGCAGGUGUUCAACCCAAAUCAUCCGCCUCUAGACUGGCGGAAAUCCAAGAGCAUGCAUCCUCUGAACGGUUCAUCCCUCUGCUGGGGCGGACAUUAGACGCUGCUCUGACAACGGCAAACUCACCGCAUCGAAAUUUAAAACUGGUUUCGCUCGACCUGUUACUGCUUCUCCUUGAAACCUACUUCCCUGAUGCCCUUGUUCCGACUGUUCUUCCUGGAGUUGUCAGCUCCAUGACGAAACUUGCCCUUGGGAAAAGUGGUAACCUGGGAUGGGCACAUGGCGCUGUCGUUGCGCGAUCUUUGAAGGUGCUCCAAAUUGUGGUAAUACGGUCUAUUGGUGAUGAUGUUUGUAUUCGCGAUGGGGCCGUGCAACCUGUCAAAGACCUCGAAGAUUUCUUAGACCUCUUAAACCCCUCCGCACCACCUGAACCAAGUGUGCCCGCUCGACCUUAUUUCACCUCAAGAACGACGUCAUGGCUGCGCGGAACUGCGACACAACUUCAUAUUGCUUUCAAUACUCUCACACCACUGGUAUCGCACACAAAUCCGACAGCCCUACUUGCUCUACAAGAACUGUCCUCUGAUGUCCUGCUCAACACAGCGUUGACCCUCCCCCAAACCAGACCGCUCCUCCUCUCCUUCUUGCUUUCGCUUUCGGUCUCCAACGCGCCGGGUGUUUCUGAAGCAUCUCGUAGCUCUUUGAUACAGCUACUUACCAAUCCCAGCAACGCUCGGCAGCCGUUGCUGCAGACGCUGGUGCACAGUACCAAAGACAACCUCACAACUUUACCGCGGUUACUCUCAUCCCAAUCUGAUUCCAAAGUGGAGCAUCUGGCUGGGAUUAUCAGCGCAACAUGCAUUCUCGCGAUGCCUUUUCAGAACAAACCGGGAAUUCCGUCUAUAUCAGCGGGUCUUGCCACCCUUUUAGGUCCAAGUGGCGGCAUCGAAAAGUGGGGGUGGCGUCUGUUGUCGGUUCUAGAGGUGGCUCCGUUGUCUUCAAUUCCUUCUGGCACAUCUACAGCUCAACUCAUGCUUGAAAAUGACGACGGUUCCCUCGAUCAGGUCAACUUCCCCCAACUUACUUUCAGAAAUCUGACGACUAUGAGUGCGCAUGAAGCAUUGACCCAGAUGUUUUUCAACCUAGGACGAGCAGCAGGAGACAGCUGUCUCCCCGCUGUCGAAUGGUUCCUCAAUGUGGGUUGCAAUGGAACGAGCAGUCGAGCCGUUUCUGCUUUAUGGUGCGCGUGUCGACUUCUGGAGGGGGUUUCUGGAGUACCGAUAUCUACCGAAAUGGAGACAGAGCAUCCUCGGCAAUCAAAACGUCUCGAUAAGCUAGCUCGAGGUGUUGCAAGGACUAUUUCCGAGCUGUGGGACAGACCGGAUGACGAUCUGAUGGAAGAUCUGCCUCAAAAGCCAGAUGAAGAAGACGACUCGUCAUCGAUAUUACAUCUGAAAGGCGUCGAUCGACUCGCAGACACUUUAAAGAUAACGCGGUCUUCGAACUCUUCGAACAUUAGACACAAUCCAUCACAACCAACUCUGCAUCGAAUUCUUUGCCUCCAGAUGCUUGCCGUUGUGUCAGGUGUACUACAAGCUCGGUCUGCCCCGCUGCUGCUGUACACUGUCUACCCCGUUUUGCACUCACUCGUCUCGCCUAAUUUCCAUUUGUCCGCAACAGCACUUGCGACACUUCACUUUAUGGCAAGAAGUGCAUCGUAUGCCUCUCCGUCUAACCUUCUGCUCUCCAACUUCGACUAUGCAUUAGAUGCGGUCGCCCGCAGACUAACCCGAAGAUGGCUGGAUGUCGAUGCUACUAAGGUCCUUGUCAUUCUCGUCCGACUAGUUGGCAGUGACGUUGUGGACAAAGCCUCUGAUGUGGUCGAGGAAUGUUUUGAUCGUCUUGACGACUUUCACGGGUAUGAAGUUGUUGUUGAGGGCCUAGUUGAGGUGCUGGGCGAAGUAAUCAAAGUCAUUGAAGUGCAAGAGGCCGGCAAAUCGAUUCCUCGUUCAAAUUCGCCCACUUUCAAUCCUCCAAACGAUGUAGAACAGAUGAGAUCAUUUGUCGAAUGGUUUCCGCGCCGACACGAGGAGAGAGAGCCUGAACCAGAGCCAGUAGAGCAACCACUGGAAUCCAAUAAACCCGAGCAUGUUGAUGAAGAACCAGCUGCAACUGCUACACAACUUUUGACAAAACAAAUUGUCACUCGGUCACUGUAUUUCCUCACUCAUGGAUCACCCGUUAUUCGAGCCAGAAUCCUAACCCUGCUCGCUGCCUCUGUCCCCGUGUUGCCGGAUUCGGCGUUAUUACCCUCGGUCCAUUCCGCUUGGCCGUUCAUUCUCAACCGACUCUCUGAUUCUGAGACCUAUGUUGUUGCUGCUACCGCAUCCUUGAUCGAUGCCUUGGUCACCUAUGCAGGAAGCUUCAUGUACCGAAGAAUGUGGAACGAUGUUUGGCCACGGUUUCGAACCAUUUUGGGAAAACUCGAUGCAGCAGACUCGACCAGUGCGUUGGCCCGGCGCGGUUGGGGGUCGGUAGGCUCCGAAUCGGCUUAUACGCAUUCACAUAGGCUCUAUCGCGCGUUGUUGAGAAGUAUGACCGCGACAAUGAAGGGUGUUCGCGCUCAGGAUGGUCCUGUUUGGCAGGCUCUUUUAGCUUUCCGUCGGUUUCUCCAUCGCCAAACGCACGAAGAACUGCAGAAGUGCGCAAGAGAAUUCUACCUGGCAGCCGUCGUGAAUAAUGCCGAUGCUGUUUGGUUGGCGUUGUCGAUGACUCUGUCAGACUCUGAUGAGCCAAGUAUGCUGUUCCUGCGACAACCGAAAUGGGAGAUAGCUGCGAAUGUCGAGUACAUCCUUCAACAAAAAUAG